GUCCAUUCAUGUGGUGCUGAUACGCUGAUCAGUGCUGCUCAGACAGGCGGACUGUCCCUCUUCCUUUCUCUUGUAUCUGAUCUGCAGAGACAAGCCGAACAUGCCUGGACUUCUGCUGGGAGACGAGUUCCCCAACUUCGAGGCCGACACCACCAUCGGCAGAAUCAAGUUCCACGAUUUCCUGGGCAACUCGUGGGGUAUCCUGUUCUCCCACCCAAGGGACUUCACGCCUGUCUGCACCACUGAGCUGGCCUGUGCCGCUAAGAUCAGUGAUGAGUUCAAGAAACGAGGUGUGAAGAUGAUUGCCCUGUCCAUUGACAGUGUUGAAGAUCACCGCAACUGGAGCAAGGAUGUGAUGGCAUUUAACAGUGAGGCUGAAAGCGCUCUGCCCUUCCCCAUCAUUGCUGAUGACAAGAGAGAGCUGUCCGUACAGCUGGGCAUGCUGGACCCUGAUGAGAGAGACAAGGAUGGGAUGCCCCUCACUGCUCGCUGUGUCUUUGUGAUCGGUCCCGACAAGAAGCUGAAGCUGUCCAUCCUCUACCCUGCUACCACAGGGAGGAACUUUAACGAGCUGCUCAGAGUUAUCGACUCUCUGCAGCUCACAGCCCAGAAGAAGGUUGCCACACCGGUCGACUGGAAGCCUGGUGACAAAGUUAUGGUCAUUCCCUCUCUGUCUGAGGCUGAAGCUACUGCUCUCUUCCCCAACGGUGUGACAACAAAAGAGCUGCCUUCUGGAAAGAAAUACUUGCGCUACACCCAGCUGUGAAGAUACGCUAAAGACUUCAUGCUGUUAUACUUUACUUCUCUUUGACAUGGCAAUCCUUGUUUGAUAAUUCACAUGUAGAACUGACCGAAAUUAUAGAAGCACUUAACCUGGUUUGGUGACUAGUAUUUCCAGUCAUGCCAUGUGCCCAGUGAUGAACCAGGGAUAUUUAUAGUGUCAGCAUACAGUGCCUUGUUUACCCAUAUUCAAUAAACAUGCUUUUCACACA